UUAGCAAGACGUGCAACCUGUAUUCUUGGAUCCUGGCAUUGAUUUGUGCAAGAGCAAAGAACGUUUUAUUUCUGUUUUGGAAGAAGUCAGACGGAAGUUAACUAUUGGUCUCGAAGUUUAGCCGCAUCCGUGGAAAACCGAAAAUUCUAGCAGAGAUGGGAAUGCUGUGCCUGGGAACGUGCGUGGCGCUGUCGUGCCUCAUCGUGGCUCUCCAGCCCGCCUCCAGCGCUCCUCUCAAGGGGAGGAGCCACCCCGCGACGCCUCUCCGAGUGCCUGAUGGCGGGCUGGCCGUGGCGAACUCGCCGUCCAGCGCCGCCCUAAAGCAGCGCUCCAUCGCCGCCCCUCUCGGCGUCCUCGGCUUGAACAGACAGAUACGCAGCGCCGCCUUCGCUCAUCCCUCAAGGAACAUCUUCUCUCCCCUGGACAGCGACGGCUCCCGCAAGGGCGCCGAGAUGAUGAAACGCGCCCUCAGCCUGUGGGCGACGCUGCACCCGCUCAAGUCCAGCGUCCACGAGGCCGCCCAGCGUCGCCAUGUGCUCAAGUCCUCCGGCGCCGCGGGCGAGACCCCGCUCAGACCCAUCGGGACGCAGCCGCUGCGCUGGGGAAGAUAAGGCUCGCGCCCUCUCCCCCGCCCGGUUCAGCCCGCGGCGGCCAGUGCUAAAACUUGCAUCCGCCUUAAAGAAUUGCACUCAUUCUCCUUCACGGAUGAUAAGUUUAUCAACUUAUUUUGAGCCUCGAUUCAUGAUUCCAUGAUCACGUGGAGGCGUGCACGUCGUAUCAAUUUGCGAAAUAUUCUUGUUUCAGAUAACAUCAAAUCAUAAGGACUGAACUGUGUGUCGCUGGAGUGCAAGGACCGAACCCCUCGUUAAAAGAGAUACCUUGAGACAACACACACACACUCAUAGUCAUGUAUAUCUGUUAAGUGUAGUUUACAAUCUGACAUUUAUGACUCUAAACCUCACCUUGUUCUGUAGCGCCGCCGUGUCCACUGUUUCCAGGUAUAUUUAUUUACACUAGAUACUAUAUAGAUCGAAUGUGUAUCAUAUUUGAUUUCUAUAUUUUUACCGUAUUUUUAAAUGUCUGUCAUAUUCUUCAACCAUUUUUACAUUGUUUACGCACAUUAAUCUAACUUGUCUUUUAAGUUUCUAACAUAUAUUGUAUUUCUGAUCA